AUGGACCAACAGCUGGACGAGCACAGCGCUAGCGACAUGAAUGUCGAGACAAGGUCAGAGGCAGAGUGCGACACCUCCAAGAAAAAUACAGAAUCCAUUAUUGCAGCUGCCACUGCCACCACUGCCAAAGGAUCCGCAAGCGAGGACGAGGACAAGCGGCGCUCUGAUUACAACGCCAAAGGCAAAGCCGCAGAGGAAGGGCCAGCGCAUUAUCUCUGCGGUCUGAACAACCUGGGCAACACAUGCUUCAUGAACUCAGCCUUGCAGUGCCUGGGGCACAUCAAAGAGCUCACGCAGUAUUUUGUCUCGGGGGCGUACCGCACCGAGGUGAACCGGACCAAUCCUUUGGGGAUGCAGGGCUCAGUUGCUCUGUCAUACGGUCGCCUGGUGCGGUCCAUGUGGGGGGCUUCUCAUUAUGCACCCCGCGGAUUUAAGCAGACGCUGGCGCAAUGGGCGCCACAGUUCCGCGGGUACAACCAGCAGGACGCACCCGAGUUCCUGGCUUUUCUGCUGGAUGGGCUGCACGAGGAUCUGAACCGGAUUGUGCAAAAACCCUAUGUUGAGGUGCCUGAUGCCAAUGGCAGGAGCGAUGAGGAGGUGGCCAACGAACAAUGGGAUUUGCAUCUGAAGAGAAACGAUAGCGUAGUCGUGGACAUGUUCCAGGGCCAGUUUCGUAGCACCCUGGUCUGCCCCGAAUGCCAUGGCGUUUCAGUUACAUUUGAUCCUUUCAUGUACUUGACCUUGCCCGUGCCCGUGCAGAGACAGCGCGAGGUUGCCGUACUUUUUGUACCUGCCGAUGUUUCGCUGCACGCCGUGCGCAUGCGGGUGAAUGUGCCGUCGGAAUUCACCGUGGCGCAGCUUUUGGGUGUCGUGGCCCAUCUAACAGGACGUUCUGCCGGAGAUCUGGUGGCGAGCGAUGUGGCAUCGCACCGCACAUACAUGGUCUUUGGGGACAACGACGCGGUCAGCGACAUCAAAUCAGCGGACAUUGUACACAUGUAUGAGGUUGACCGUCAUGAGACUGUGGUUCAACUGAUGUGCUCCAAGGCAAGCAUGCGUCCCUCUGGUUACAUGUAUCCGGACAUCAUCACCAUGCCCCUGUUGCUGACGCUUCCUCAGAGUGAGCUGACGCUACAAAAGGUGCUCCUGGCCGUGGUCAAGGCACUGUACCGCUGGACAAUGGUGGAUAUCUCGCGAUUGGUGACUGCCCUAGAGGGACAGGACGACGAGAUUUUGGAGCUUUUGGUUGGCGCUGUUACUACCUAUGUUCAUCGCGGGCGCGGUUACGCGAUGGCUACGGUGAGGCGUGGUAUGUCGGCAUUCAUGAAUUCGGGACGCAAGGCUCCCCCGGUGGGUCCGUUCAGCGCAUUUGCAGAUCGGAUUGUGGGCGACACUCUUGAGCCGCUUGUCCGCGAAGAGCAGCCAUCUGCCACUGCUGGUGGGCGGAGGAGGGCGCGAGAUGAAGAUGGUAUUGUCUGGGACAGCGACGAGGACUCUGGAGGGCAAGCACCGGCGGGCGUGACUCCGAAGCGGGCAAAGUCUGACAACGAGGCUGAGAGCGACGCAGAGAUAACCACCGGAAUGGAGAUUGUUGUGGAAAAAGAGGAGCCCACGCAGCCUGAGGCCGAUUCUGAGGAUCCUCCUGUGACCAGCGCAAGCACCAGCUCAGAUGACGAUAUCGUCGAUGCCGCCGCGGCCAUGACGUUUGCCACGCCGACAUUGGCGUCGCAAUUGUCGUGCCCCGUCGAGCUACGCUCCGGUGACACGCUCCUGUGCGAGUGGUCCAAGGAGGGCACGUCGCUGCUCCUCUCUGCGCUCGGCAGUUCUCUCGAGGAUUUCGACGACCUGUUUGACUUUAGGUGCACAGACAACUACGCCAUGCCACUGCUUGAGGAUGCCUCAGCCUAUACUCACCUGGCUCCGCUGGACUAUAUUUCCAGGGACUCUGAGCCUCGCUCCAUGCCCCCUCCUAGGGCUGUCGCCAAAAGAGCGCCGACUCUGCAAGAGUGUUUGGAUGAGUUCACCCGGCCCGAGCAAUUGGGCGUUGACGACCCUUGGUACUGCGGAAGGUGCCAGGAGCACCGGCUGGCUACCAAGAAGUUUGAUCUUUGGAGGACGCCUGCCAUCCUCGUUGUCCAUCUGAAGCGCUUCCACCACUCACGCGCGUGGGGCGACAAGAUCGAUGUGCUGGUAGACUUUCCUCUGGUGGGCCUGGAUCUCACUCAUGUGGUGGCGCAAGAGGGCGGCGGUGAGCUUGUCUAUGACCUGCAGGCCGUGUGCAAUCACUAUGGCGGCCUUGGCGGCGGCCAUUAUACGGCAUAUGCGAUGAAUCCUGAGGAUGGCCAGUGGUACGACUUCAAUGACUCAAGCGUGUCGCCGGUCAGAAACCCUGAGGAUGUAAAGACGAAGGCCGCAUACAUGCUGUUCUAUCGCCUGAGGGGAUCCGGUAGCGGCGUGGAAAAGAUCCACGAGAUGAUUGAGCGGUACAAGGAGACCGGCCAUCCGUCCGACGAAGAGGAAGAGCCUGAAUUUAUGCCCCGCGUCGGCAUCGCCCACAAGUACCCACAUAACAAUGACGACGACGACGAGGAUAGCGGCGAGGAGCAGGUUCUCUCGAUGCCCAAGAUCGACAUGGGCGAAGAUAUGAAUACAAACGAAUUUUUUGAUUUUAUCAGCAGGGGAGCUGGUAGAAUCAGUGCCAAUGUCAAUGGCGUUGAGUCGCCCGAGAGCACAACUGGCGUUGCUGACGACAGCAGCGAUACGGAAAAGGAGGAGUAUGGUAGCAAUAACUUUGAUUUUGGGAUGCGUGGGUUGGGCAGUAUGGAUGCCAAUGCUGCCGAGGGUACUGCGGUUAACAUUGGUCCCGAGUUCUCGCCGUCCGUUACUCCGCCGCCUGAAUUUUUCAAUGACAUUGAGUAUACGCCGGUCGCUGUGCCCGCGUAUAACACUGAGCCUGAUUUCCUGCCAUCUGUUACUUCGCCACCUGACCUUUACGACACGACUGAACCAAAUGACUAUGCUAAUUGA